AUGCAUGCAAGGGUUUUUUUUUUCAAACUAAGCAACAGCUAUCUUCAAGUCGAACAAGAAACUCGUCUUCAGUAUCUUAAACACUGGCCAGCACUAGCGAGGGAAUACUUGGGAUAUCAUUCGUGUGAGCUACCUACUUUUUACACAGAUGACGGGAAUGAAGCAACCUGGCUCAACUGGGCGCCAAACGAGCCAAAUAACCUUGAUGGACUGGAAUAUUGUGUCACCAUGACAGAAGCGGAUCUUUUCAACGACUACUUUUGUCAUUUCAAAAUUAGAUUCGCCUGCCGAUUGCCUCAAAAAUGCAAAAACGAGGACUAA